CCCAAACGUUUUGCCUGUCCCUUGCCUUGCAGCGCCAAUUUGGCUUGGUGGGCCUCGCAGAGGCGAUGGCCUUUCCUCCAGCGCCAGCCCUUUUUCCGCCGGCAUCCACAGUGCCUGGCGCAGGCGCAGCAGGUUUGCCAACAAUGAAUCCAGCCUUGAUUCAGCAGCAACAGCAGCAGCAAUACCUGCAGUACAUGAUGAUGGUGCAAGCCCAGCAAUCCGCGGCCGCUGCUAAUGGGGCGACAGCGAAUGGGGCGACGGAUCAACAGCUGCUUCAGCAGCAGCUGCUCCACUCUCUUUCGACCUCGACCGAGAAGCCCAAAGCUGCCCUGGUGGACUUGGAGAACGAGCCGGUGAAGGUCAAUGGGACCUCCAAGGCACCUCCCAAGGGGAAGAAGAAGAGCAGCUCUAGCGGGUCCCGCAGCCGAAGCAGUAACAAAAAAAAGCGAAGUCGAAGUCGAAACAAGAGGAGACGCAGUUCCAGCUCCAGCAGUAGCCGGAGCCGCAGCCGGUCGAAUCGAAACAAAGGUCGCCGGAGCACUAGCCGCAGACGGCGCAGCCCCAGCCGUCGUGGCCGCAGCCCACCGGCGCGGAGCUUUGGCACCGGCUUUGCCGCUGGAGGCCACGGUGGCGGUGGUCCACGCUUUGGUGGCGGUAAAGGCUUCCCUCAUGGAGGAGGAGGAGGAGCUCGGGAACCGCUGCCGGACUUCAAGGCGCCCAGUGGCCCUGCACCUGCGAGCCUCGCAGCUUUGAAGCCGCCACCUUCCAUGGCUGAUCUCAAUGCCGACCCUAACGCACACAACAGUGGCAGCACGGUUCAAGAUCAGGAGAUCAAGGUCAUUGACUCCAGAGGGCAGAUGCUGCCUCAGUUUCCACGCUAUGCGACUUUUCAGGAGGCGCCAUUUUGCUCGUCCAUCCAAGCUGAUCUGCAGAAGGCCGGCUUUCCAGCGCCCUCGCAGAUUCAGCAGUACUCCUGGCCACUUGCAAUGCAGGGCUAUGAUGUGAUUGGUGUGGCAGCCACAGGAAGCGGAAAGACGCUGGCCUUCUUGCUGCCCGCCUUCCAUUUUCUGAUCGAGAGACAGGUCCGCGCAGGAGAUCCUCAUUUUCUGGUGAUGGCACCAACUCGAGAGCUUGCUGUGCAGAUCGAAGAGGAAGCGGUGAAGUUUGGCAGGGCCAGCGGCAUUCGAACGUGCUGCUGCUAUGGGGGAGCUCCCAAGGGACCUCAGGCCAUGUCCCUGCGGGACGGCGUGCAUGGCGUCAUUGGAACUCCGGGCCGAAUCAAUGACUUCCUGGAGGGUAUGCAGGUCCGCCUUCAAGAUGUGAACAAGCUGGUGCUGGAUGAGGCAGAUCGCAUGCUUGACAUGGGCUUUGAACCGCAGAUCCGCAAAAUCCUUGCGAAGAUCACCAAUCCACAACGGCACACCAUGUUCUUUACUGCCACCUGGCCCAUGAGCAUCCGACGCCUUGCCGCGGAGUUCCUGAGAAAUCCGGUCACUUGGAGUCUCCCAAAUGUGUGGGUGACGCCUGAAGGUGAGAAAUGGGAGUGGUGA